ACACUUGACGUUAAGAAGUGAAGUCGCGAAAAACACUCAAGACCGUCGAGUGGGCAAUCAUCGAAAACAAUGGCAGCUGGUGUUACGAGGAAGAUUUCAGCUGCAUCAGCUAGGUCACACACCAGGAAAGCUAAAUCCUCUUCUUCCUCUGCUCUUCCUAAAGGGAUUUUCAAGAAAGUGUUGCUCGUCUUCUUUUCUGGGGUUCUUGCGUGGGCCUAUCAAGCAACACGUCCACCACCUCCAAAGAUAUGUGGAUCUCCAGAUGGUCCACCUGUUACAUCCCCCAGGAUUAAGCUUCGUGAUGGAAGGCAUUUGUCCUAUUUAGAAUACGGUGUUCCGAAAGAGACAGCCAAGUAUAAAAUUAUCUAUGUUCAUGGUUUUGACAAUUGCAAACAUCAUAAUCUUUUUGCCACUGCAGCCUCCCCGGCUCUUAUCGAAGAUUUAAAGGUGUACACUGUUUCAUUUGACCGACCUGGUUAUGGAGAGAGUGAUCCGGAUCCUAACCGGACUCUGAAAAGUUUAGCUUUGGAUAUAGAGGAGCUCGCUGAUCAACUAGGACUCGGGUCUAAAUUUUAUGUGGUCGGAAUGUCUAUGGGUGGAGAAUUGGUUUGGUCUUGCCUCAAGUACAUCCCUCACAGACUAGCUGGAGUAGGUCUCAUUGCUCCGGUAGUCAAUCACUGGUGGCCUAGCUUCCCAUCAAACAUAUCUAAUGAAGUAUAUUCCGAGAUGUUCAAGCAGGACCAAUGGUGUCUCCGUGUUGCUCACCACCUACCAUGGCUGACCCAUUGGUGGAAUACUCAAAAAUGGUUCCCGAGUUCCUCGGUUGCUUCUCAAUCCCUUGAUAUGUUUUCUCCCCCGGACAUGGAAGUUCUCUCCAAGUUUAAUGGUCAAACAGAAGCACAAAAGACCCAGCCAAGACAACAAGGAGAAUACGAGUCUCUCCACCGUGAUCUAGUGAUUGCAUUCGGAAAGUGGGAGUUUGAUCCAAUGGAACUCGAGAACCCGUUUCCAAAUAAUGAAGGAUCAGUUCAUGUAUGGCAAGGUGAUGAUGAUCGAUUUACUCCUGUGAAACUGCAACGCUACAUCGCCAAACGUCUCCCAUGGAUCAAAUACCAUGAGCUCACAAAUGCCGGCCACCUCUUUGCUUUUGCGGAUGGGAUGGCUGACACUAUCCUCAAAACCCUUUUGGGUGUAUAAGAUGUUCUAUGUUAGUCACUCAAAAAUCAUGUUUUUGCUUCUUUUUUUAAAUAUCUUUUAAGUUAAUGGAGCAUCUUAUAACGAUAUCCUGUUGUGUAUGAUUUUGAUAUUUAUUUAUUAUUUGGCGGGUUUAUUUACA